GGGGCUGGUGAGAGCAGGGGCAGUGCUGUUGGCUGAGACACUGCCUGACAAAUACAUGCAUAAAUUGGGAACGAUUCAGUUAUAUCUUUCAGUUAUAUGUUCUCGAUAUCAUCCCACCUCCAUCAUCCGCAGACGGGUCUCUCGCAGGAGUGAAGAUGAAUAAACAGCCCAGUAAAGAGACUCUGCGGGACCGAUUCAAGGUGAUCUUUGGCCUCGGUUCGACUCGGCCCCACAGCAAACAGACCGAGAGCAAACCGUCAGAGUUCGUCAUCACGCUGGACAUCCUGAUGGAACUCACUCCAGAGUACAACCUCCACCACCGGAUCAGAGUCAUCAACCACGUGUGCGACCUCGCCAAAUCUAAGAAGUUUGAGGAGCAUGCGGUGGAGGACGUUUGGAAGGCUGUGGAGGACAUGAUACAGCCUGAACAGCCGCCUGAAGCCCGUCAUGCAGUGCUGGUGCUGCUGAGAGCCAUUAUACAGGGACAGGGUGAGCGCUUGGGUCCACUCAGAGCCUACUUCUUUAAGAUCGUUUUGGACUAUCAGCCCUGUAAUGAAGAUCUGGCCGAGAGACUGGAGGUGUUCAAGGCCCUCACGGAGAACGGGAAAGACAUCACCUACCUAGAGGAGGAGAUCGCUCGGUUCGUCUUGCUGUGGAUGGACAUCGGUCUGUCAUCAGAUUUCCUGCAUGUCCUCGUGAACUUGGUCAAAUUCAACUCCUGCUACCUGGAUGAGAACGUCUCCCUCAUGGUCCAGAAAAUCUGCCUUCUGUGUAACCGGACGACUUGCUCCACAGAUAUUGAGGUUGCGCUGCAGGUGUUGGACGCGGUGGUGUGUUAUAACUGCCUGCCCUCUGACUCUCUGACGGUGUUCAUCAUCACACUGUGCCGAACCGUUAACGUGAAGGAGUUCUGUGAAUUCUGCUGGAAGUUGAUGCGUAAAGUGUUGGGGACUCACCUGGGUCACAGUGCCAUAUACACCAUGUGCCGUGUCAUGGAGGAGAGGGUGUACAGUGAGGAUGCCGCUCUUCUCAGGGGUGCUGUGUUUUUUGUUGGGAUGGCGCUGUGGGGAGCUCACAGACUUCCUGCCCUCAAAAACACGCCCACACUGGUCCUGCCUUCCUUCUGCAAGGCCAUGAGCUGUGCUAAUGAGGUGGUGUCCUAUGAGAUUGUGCUGUCGAUCACGCGACUCAUCAAGAAGUACGGCAGAGAGCUGCAGGUCGUGACGUGGGACAUCCUGCUGUCCAUCAUAGAGAGACUCCUGCAGCAGAUACAGACGAUGGGCAGUCCUGAUCUGAAGGUGAUUGUUUAUGAGUUACUGAGCACCGUCGAGGAGCUGUACGAGCAGAGCGACUUCCACGGAUCCUCGCAGAGAUUCUUCAGUCUGGUGGAGAAGUGUGCUGAUAAACGCCCUGAUGCGUCUGUGCUGACACUGAUUUCCUACAGAGCUCAGUCCAUCCAGCCGGCUAAAGACAGAUGGCUGCAGAACCUGCUGAAACUCAUGGAGAAGUUCUUCAGGAAUGAGAGCCGUACUGUGAUCAGGAUCAAGGUUCUGCACAUCCUGUCCUUCGUGCUCAGCACAAACCGGCAGCUCUAUGAGGAGGAGCUGAUCGAGGUGGUGGUGAUUCCUCAGCUGGGUCAGAUCGCUGAAGAUCGAGAUCUGUCCGUCAGGAAACAAGCCACGCAGCUACUGGUGGAUCUCGCCGAGGGCUGCAGCACGCACCACUUCAGCAGCCUGCUCGACAUCAUCGAGAAGGUUGCUAGUCGUCCGUUAACGUGCUCUGUGGAGGGAGAGAGAGAGCUGUCUGUGGAGUCGCCCAUGGAGGACGUCCGCACCGCUAUACUGGGUCUGCUAGACAUACUACAGAGUAAACUGUACAGUCUGCCGGCCAGUCACACCAGUCGAGUGUACGAGCUCCUGAUUUCUCAUCUGCAGCUUCACUACAAGAACAAAUACUACAGUGCCAUCGGGAGCUCCAUACGCCUCAAGGUUUUUGAUUGGUUAUUGAUGAUGAGGGCAGACUCUCUUCAUCGUCUGGGUGUCCCCAAUAAAGAUGGGGUCCUGAGGUUCAGCCCAUACUGUCACUGUGAAGUCGGGGAGUCGGAGAAAAGAGUGACUGAUAAGAAGCCAACAGGAAGUGUGUCGCCGCCGACAGGAAGUCCCACACCGGUGGCUCCGCCCUCCUCCAUUCGCACUGCCUAUCUGCCCUACAGCCUGGCCUUCAGCGUGCUGCUACAGUGCCUGAAGAUGGAGACUGACUGGAAGGUUCUGAAGCUGGUUCUGGAUAAGAUGUCAUGCACCAUUCAGUACAAAGUUCUGAUCCUGACCUCACCGUGCAACAUCGAUCAUCUGUGCUCCACUCUCUGCUCGAUGGUGACAGACCGUCUGAUAUCGGAGCGUUUGAAGAAGACUCCUGAUGGAUUCUCCCUCACUGAUGUUCAGCUUGCUGUGGUUCCUGUUCUCACUGCCCUCACCUCCUACCACAGCUACCUGGAGCAGUCCCGACAGAGGGAGCUGGUUCAGUGUUUGGAGAAGGGCCUGAUUUACCGCUGUGCUAAGCAGUGUGUGGUGGCUCUGACCAUGUGCACCGUAGAGAUGCCCGACAUCAUGAUCAAACUCCUGCCCGCCCUCAUCGUCAAGCUCACGCACAUCUCGGCAACCGUUGCCAUGGCCUCACCCAUGCUGGAGUUCCUGUCCACAUUAGUGCGGCUCCCACAUCUGUAUGCUAACUUUGUAGCUGAGCAGUACGUUAGCGUGUUUGCCAUAUCGUUGCCAUACACCAACCCCUCAAAGUUUAAUCAGUACAUAGUGUCUCUCGCCCAUCAUGUGAUCGCCAUGUGGUUCAUACGCUGCAGACUGCCUUUCAGGAAAGACUUCGUUCAGUACAUCACCAAGGGUCUCCGUUCAAACGCUCUUCUGCCGUUCGAUGACACUCACGAGCAGAGCAGUUUUAGAGCACGCAGCACCAGCCUGAACGAGAGGCCUAAGAGUUUGCGGACAACCAAAGUGGCAAAGCAAGGCCCCAGUGCAAACUCUCCCAUUAAAGACCUGAAAGAUCUGUCGGCCAUGGACACCUUCCGCUCCCGAAGCAUCAGUGUGUCCGAGCAUGCGGUGCGCAGGAUGCAGACGUCCAGCACCACCUGCAGCCUGGGCUUGGCUGACGAGAACGCAGUGAUGCAGGCGGAUGACGCGCUGAAGACCGUCCACCUGGAGCUGACGGAGACCUGUCUGGACAUGAUGGCGCGAUACGUCUUCUCCAACUUCUCUGCCCUGCCCAAGAGGUCUCCCAUUGCAGAGUUCCUGUUAUCCGGUGGCCCCAGUAUGACUUGGCUGGUUGGGAAUAAGUUAGUCACCAUAACGACCAGCGGUGGGUCACGAACCCAAGCCCUUCUGGGUCUGGACAUGGCAGAGAGACCUGGAGGAGGAGGAAUGACCAGGUCUGACCCGUCAUUACACACCCGACAGACGAAAGAGGCUCCUGCUAAACUCGAGUCACAGUCCGGCCAGCAGAUCGGCUCCAGCACUCGCACACGCGUCCGCUCCAUAUCAGGUGGUCACGCUCUGCGGGCCGGUCCGGCUCAGAGUCUCAGUCCCCUGGUGGCGUCUCCUGAGGGCGAGUACAGCGGCCCACUGCCUCCGCCGGGCCACCCGCUGGAGGUGCUGGGGUCUCAGAGGGGAGUGGAGGAGCACCCGGCACCCCCCUUCUUCUCCCAGUCCUCAGCGCUGCUCAAAGACAAGUCCAGCCUGGCCGAGUUUGUGCCCAUGCUGACGCAGGGCUGGGCCGAGAUCUUCAUCCGCAGACCCUCAGAUUCGGUUGUGUUGGAGGAAGGUGGACAGAGCAAAGCGACUGUAUCAGCAGCUGAGUCCAAAGAGCUGGAGGAGACUGAACCCAUCUUCAUGAGCGCCGCUACAACACCAGCCGGCUUACUGAGCAGAUCCUCCUCAACAUCUAGUCAGGACGAUGAGAGGUCGACCCUGGAGGAGGUCAGUAAAGGCGGUAUCCCCAUCGAUCAGCCUCCGCCGGCCCUCUUCACCCCAGGACCGAACGAGUUAGACCUUAAUUUCACACACGGCACCACCCUCAACAAAUCCAGCUCCUCCCCAGAGCUCCAAACGCUCCCCGAGGCCUUCACUAAGGCUGCGGCCCAGAGCGCCGCUGACGGCGAUGUGCUCAGCUCCAAGAUCCAGACGGUCCAUGCCGCCUCAGAAAGGGAGGUCUUAGGAGAAAGCGCUUGGCCGGGAGAGAGCGUUAUAUCAGCCGGCCCGUCCAGCUCCAGCGCUAGCGUCUCCGUCUUCUCGUCCUCCACCUCCAGGAUGAGGCUGGAGUUUCCCACGGCCCAGCCGGGACCCCUGUCUCCCACCGGACACAGACCCCGCGGACACACCAUCUCAGUGUCUGCGCCCUCGUCCCGCAGGGAGAGGAAGAUAGACAGAGACUCGUACCACAACCGAGGAGGACCAUCCAACGCAGAGAAGAGCUCAGGACUCAGUCCCAGUGUGGUCUCGCGUUCACAGCUGAUCGAUCGUGCCGUUAAAGUCUUGGAUCAGAUGCCUCCGUAUGACACUCAUAAGAUCGGCGUGGUGUUUGUUGGAGCCGGUCAGGCUAAUAACGAGGUGUCGAUCCUGUCCAACGAGUACGGCUCCAACCGCUACGCUCAGUUCCUCACGGGCCUGGGAAAGCUCAUCCAUCUGAAGGACUGCGACCCAGACCAGAUCUUCCUGGGUGGACUGGAUCAGUACGGAGACGACGGAGAGUUCACCUACUGCUGGCACGAUGACAUCAUGCAAGCAAUUUUCCAUAUAGCCACUCUGAUGCCGAACCGCGAGAGCGACAAGGGCUGCUGCAAUAAGAAACGCCACAUUGGGAACGACUUUGUGGUGGUGGUUUACAAUGACUCCGGAGAGGAGUACAAACUCGGCACCAUCAAGGGUCAGUUCAACUUCGUGGAGGUGCUUAUAAAACCUCUCAACUACGAGAGCAACCUGGUCACACUGCAGUGCCGGAAAGAUCUGGAGGGUUUGGUCGACACCAGUGUGGCAAAGAUCGUUUCUGACCGCAAUCUACCGCUGCUCGUGAGACAGAUGGCUCUGCACGCCAAUAUGGCAUCGCUGGUACAUCAGUGUAGAGCAAACCCAUCAGACGCCUACGCUUCAAAAUGGCUAGCAAGAUUGAGACACAUCAAGAGGAUCAGGACACGGGCUCAGGAAGAAAUUCAGUCACGCCCCACUCAAGGAAUCUCUCUGACCCAAAGCCACGCCCCCAUGCAAAAUAAACCCGCCCACCAGCCCUCCGGCUCUGCUCCAAACCAGGAUGCCGGCCAGAGGAAGAGGCUGGUGUCAACCAUCGACGAUUUCACGGACUUUGUCUAGCGAGAGACCCGUGACGUGUUUUUAACUGAGACCAAUAGACGCUGCAUUCCCAUAAGUCCAGACGAACAAAUCCAUUCCUGAAUGUGGAGGGCUGUGAGGUUUGGUGUUAGUAAGAUUUGAUCACCUUUAAAACACCCCAGUGUGCCAAGUAAGAGAUCAGUUCAGCCGGGACGCAGCUUCACUCAACGCUGUGACUGUAGGAAUGAAUUUCACAAUGCCCUGCUCCGUCUGCUGAAAGAUGGAUGUAAACGCCCGCACUGGCUUUAUCACAUGCCAUUUUUAGCAGUACGACUAAAUUGCACACGGUUAACACGCUUUCGUGUCUCUGCCCAUUUUCAUCCACACGUUUCUUUCUCUAGAACAAACUUGUAUUCACACACUCAUUUUCUCUUGUUGUUUUUCUCUGAAUAUAUGAAAAUGGUAUGUGAUAUUAACCGUCUAGUCAUUUUGCUUGUUUCCUGUUGUUUUCUGUGUGUGAUGGUUAAUGCUUAUCUAAUGAGUUUAUAAUAGUACAACAGAUUUGCAGAACAACAGCUAGUACAGUAGACUGCAUCAGACGUGUGUGCUUCGCUGCCAAAUAAAACACUGAAAUGUGCAAAUC